AUGGCUGCUACAACUCACGAAGACCUUAGCCUCCAAGAAGAACAAAAACAGGAACAUGAACGUGUAUUCAAACAACAAAAUGACGACGUCCCAGCAAGCUCCCUGAAAUACCUCAACCCAGAAAAGGGUCAAACCAUGGAAACUGUACGCAAAGCUAAUCUCAUCUCUCUGUUGCAGCUCAAUGCCCUCAUAGUCAUGCUUGUCUUAUCAGCCAGCGGCAUGGUCAGCCUGCAAGACUUGGCCUUUGUUCUCUUCUCCAUCGUCUACAUCUUUAUCCUCUCCAAAUUCUCCUUCCCAACUAUUUCCGGAGACCCAUCUCAGGACACACCAGUCUUCAACCCAAAAAGCAAAAUGGUCAGACUUGGCCCAAUCUUUGGCGCCGUCAUCGGCCUCGUCCUCCCCAUAGCCUAUAUCUUCGAUGGCUUCUUGGAAGGAGAUAAAGAAGGCAUCAGAGCGGCUGCCCCGCACGUGUUUCUUCUUGCCAGUCAAGCCUUUGUCGACGGAGUGGCUUUCUCCGACAGGUUUUCGACUCCGAUUCGGGUUUUCGUGCCGGUUUUCUUUAACGCGAAGAGGAUUUUCACGCUUGUGGAUUGGGUUCGAAAUGAAUUUUCCAAAGGCUAUGGUGAUGAUUAUGGCGGUGGGUCUGCAUCUGCUGCUGCAAGGAGACUGUCUCUUGGGAGAUGGCUUGCCAUUGCUAAUUUGGUUUUCUGGACUUUGGAUCUUUUUGGGUUUAUGUUGCCUAUUUAUCUUCCUAGAGCUUUCAAGAAAUAUUACUCUGCAAAAACAGAGUGA